AUGGAUGCUCUCCGCCAGUUAGGGGAGAAUGCAGCUGGUGCUCUGAUGUAUGGUCCUCAUCCCCAACCUCCACCCCCUAAAUGGAGUUUGGAAGAUUGCUUGAAGCACCAACCUGCCAAGUUUGAUGGCAAGGCGAGUCCUGACCAGGCAGACCAGUGGAUGAAGGAUAUGGAGCACAUCUUUGAUGCCAAAAGAUGCCCCAAUGAGAGCAGGCUUGCUUUCAUUAUCUACAUGCUCACAGGAGAGGUUGAGCAUUGGUGGGCCAACAUGAGGCUGGUUAUGGAAGAAAGGCAUGAGGAGAUCCCAUGGGAGGCCUUAAAGAGGAGGUUUCUUUCAGAAUACUUCCCAGACAGCGUUAGAUACGCAAAGGAGGUGGAGUUCCCCCAGCUGACACAAGGGGGCAAGUCAGUGGCCGAGUACGCCGAGAGGUUCAAGCAUCUGGGGCAUUUCUACACCAUGCCGCUCGAUGAGGAGUGGCGUUGCAGGAAGUUUGAGAAUGGUCUAAGAGGAGACAUUCGCUUGAUAGUAGCCCCACUUUCCAUCAAGGACUUUGCGGCCUUGGUGGAAAAAGCCAGAGUCAUAGAGCAAAUGAAGGUAGAGGUAGAAGCCCAGCAGAAGCCGUAUGAUAGGCCUCAUCCACAGCCUCAGGGGUCUAUAGGCUUUUCUUCCCCGCCCAACAGGAUCCAGUGCCAUCAUUGCGGAGGACCGGAUGUGAAGAGUUUUUGCCUGUAG